AGCGCCGGCAGCCGAGGAGAUCAAGCCCGGCAGCUGGUCAUUGACCUGGAGACGCGAGGGAAACGGGCUUUUCCACUGUUCCUCUCCAUCCUGCGGGACACUGGGCAGGGCGACCUUGCGGACAUGCUGAGCCAGGAGUGUGAAUGCCCACCGGCACCACCGCAGCUGGCAGACCUGAGGCCUGUUGAGCUGGACUUACGCAGAGAAAAAUACAACAAGAAUAUGAACGUUCCUGAACGUUUGUCCACACCGGUCCAAGCUGAGAGCGAAAAACCUCAAAUGCCUCCUGCACCAGCCUGGGGUUCGGCUGUUGACAAGAGGAACCAUGAUCUGGUUUACGAACUGAAAGCAGACCCGUGCGGACACUGCCUGAUCCUCAACAACGUCAACUUCAGUCGAGACUCGGCUCUGUCGACUCGAGACGGCUCCAAUGUGGACUGCGGGAAGCUGGAGAAGCGCUUCAAGGCCUUGCGCUUCAGCGUCCUGACUCGGCGGGAUCUCAGAGCUCAGGACAUGGUUUUGGAGCUGCAGAAUCUGGCACGGCAGGACCACAGCGCCUUGGACUGCUGCGUCGUGAUCAUCCUUUCCCACGGCUGUCAGACGAGCCAUAUUCAGUUUCCUGGAGGUGUUUACGGAACGGAUGGAAAACCCAUUCCAAUAGAAAAGAUUGUGAACUAUUUCAAUGGGUCCCAGUGCCCAAGUCUGAGAGGAAAACCCAAGCUCUUCUUCAUCCAGGCCUGUGGCGGAGAACAAAAAGAUCUAGGCUUUGUAGUGGAUUGCGACUCCCCCGGAGACGAAGCUCCCGGAGGUUCUUUGGAGUCGGAUGCGACUCCUUUCCAGACUCCGGCAGGUAACGUGGACGAGCUGGAUGCCGUAGCCUGUUUGCCCACGCCCAGCGACAUCUUGGUUUCCUACUCAACUUUUCCAGGUUUUGUCUCCUGGAGGGAGGUGUCGAGGGGCUCGUGGUACGUGGAAACGCUGGACAGUGUGCUGGAGCAGUACGCCUGUCUGAACAUGUUACUGCGGGUGGCAAACGCUGUCUCUGCCAAGGGGACGUACAAGCAGAUCCCAGGCUGUUUCAACUUCCUCCGUAAAAAAUUCUUCUUCAGGUGCAAAUGA